AUGUCUUAUAUCAAUCCAUUGAAAAAGAAGUUCUUAGAUCAAACACCUCCACCAAACUAUGUUGCUGGAUUGGGUAGAGGUGCAAUCGGUUUCACUACACGUUCUGAUAUUGGUUCUGCUAGAAAUGUAGAUGGAGGAGUACCGGGAUUUGGUGAUAGAAAACAACAACAACAACAGAGAAGUGGGAAUGAAGAUGAUGAGAAUGGAGAUGAUAGCGAUAACAUUGGAUAUACAAAUUACGACGAGUUUAAUGGUGAUGCAAACGAUGGAUUCUCUGAUCCCAAUGCAAUCUACGAUGCCGACGACAAAGAAGCAGACGACAUCUGGGCAGAGUUGGAUAGAAAGAUGGAUUCACGUAGAAAGACAAGACGUGAGGAAAAAGAGAGAGAACAGAUGGAAAUGGAUAGAAUGUCACGACCAAAGAUUCAACAGCAGCUUGCGGAAUACAAGUUGGGAUUGGCAGCGGUCUCUUUGGACGAAUGGAUGAAUCUCCCGGAUGGUGGUGACAUCUCGAGAAAAGCAGUAAAGAAACAGCGGGAAAUCUAUGUUCCCGUGCCGGAUUCGUUGAUUGAGCGAGCGAGACAAGAGAAUGAAUCGUAUUCAGUGCUGCAGGUAGGCAAUUCCAGUGGUGGAAUCAACGACGGCAACCUGUCGAGCAUCUCUGGUACGACGACGACCGACUUGACACAGGUCGGAUCGGCGCGAAAGACAGUGCUCGAUUUGAAGUUGAAUCAAGUGAGUGACAGUGUUUCCGGACAGACUUGCGUCGAUCCCAAAGGUUAUCUCACCGAUCUAAAGAGUAAGAAGAUUGCAACGGACACUGAGAUUGGCGAUAUCAAGAAAGCGAGAUUGUUGUUCAAGUCGGUGAUCCAAACCAAUCCUAAACAUGCUCCCGGUUGGAUUGCAGCGGCCAAACUGGAGAUGUUGGCUGGUAAGCUGAGUCAAGCACGUAAAAUCAUAUCACAAGGUUGUCAGGAGUGUCCGGACAACGAGGAGGUGUGGAUUGAGAAUGCCAAUUUGCAGACGCCCGACAACGCCAAGGCGGUGUUGGCGCAGGCAGUCAAGCUGAUUCCACAGUCUGUCAAAGUAUGGCUGUAUGCAACCAACUUGGAGAAAGACAUUCGUAUGAAGAAAAAGAUUCUUCGACGUGCUCUAGAGUUCAUUCCCACCUCUGUGAAGCUGUGGAAGGAGGCGAUCGAGUUGGAGGAGCCCGACGAUGCAAGAAUCAUGUUGGGUCGUGCAGUGGAGUGCGUUUCCGACAAUGUUGAGUUGUGGCUGGCUUUGGCCAAUCUAGAGACCUAUGAGAAAGCCAGAGAAGUUCUGAAUCGUGCGCGUCAAUCGAUUCCGACAAGCAGCGAAAUCUGGAUUGCAGCGGCGCAACUCGAAGAGUCGGCAAAGAAGAAUGAAAACGUAUCGCGUGUCAUCAAGAAAGCUAUCAAAUCGCUGUCCACCACUAAUAUUGUUGUGAUGGAUCGUGAGAAGUGGAUUGGAGAAGCAGAGAAAUCAGAGAAAGUCGGUUAUCCAAUUACUUGUCAGGCGAUCAUUUUCGAAUCGAUUGGAAUGGGUGUCGAAGAGGAAGAUAGAAAGAGAGUUUGGUGUGCCGAUGCCGAGGAGCUGAUACAACGUGGAUCGAUAAAGACUGCCAGUGCUGUCUAUGCUUAUCUGCUGACGGUCUUCCCAACAAAGAAGUCGGUGUGGGUCAAGGUUGCGCAACUCGAGAAACAAUACGGCUCGAAAGAAUCGUUGGAACAAACAUUGAAACAAGCUAUAAAGAACUGUCCGCACUACGAAGUGCUCUGGCUGAUGUAUGCCAAAGAGAAAUGGCUGGCUGGCGACGUCGACCAGGCACGUUCCAUCUUGACACAGGCUUUCGAGUCGAAUCCUGGAAGUGAGGAAAUUUGGUUGGCUGCCGUCAAAAUUGAAUCAGAGAUGAAUGAAAUCAAGGUGGCAAGAGGUUUGUUGAAGCGUGCCAUCGAUAUGGCAGCGACAGAGAGAAUUUGGAUGAAGUCGGCGUUGUUGGAGCGCGAGUUUGGCGAGUCGAAAGCAGAGAACGAUAUUCUGGCCGAGGGAUUAAAGGCGUUCCCAACAAGCUGGAAACUGUGGCUGAUGAAAGCGCAGCUCGAGGAGCGUGUAAAUCCACGCGCACUCGACAAGAUCAGAGACAUCUACAAUUCAGCCGUAACGAAAUGUCCAUCUUCCAUCCCAUUGUGGUUGGAGUUUGUCAGAUUUGAGAAGCGCGCCAACAACCAACAGAAAGCGAGAACUCUCUUGGAGAAAGCAAAGCUUCGUAAUCCAAAGAACGAGGAGAUCUAUUUGGAGUUUGUCAGAUUUGAAAAGUCGGUUGGAAAUGCCAAGGCCGCUGCCAAUUGGCUGUCAGUCGGCCUGCAAGAGUGUCCGAAAUCCGGACUGCUCUGGGCCGAGGCGAUUGCCAACGAGCCAAAGCAUGGCCAGAAGAACAAAUGUGUCGAUGCUCUCAACAAGUGUAACAAUGACCAAUACGUUCUGACGCAAGUCGCCAAGAUCUUUUGGUUCGACGGCAAGCUUGACAAGGCAAAAUCGUGGUUCAAACGUGCCAUCACCACCUUUUCAGACUAUGGCGACGCCUGGGCAUACUAUUAUUUAUUCCUACUGAGAACUGGACAGUCAUCGAGCAACACCAGUAAAAACCUCAAUGAAUCGGAAAUGAAUGAGCUUCUCAAACAGUGUCUAGAAGCGGAGCCUCACCACGGAGAACAGUGGACUAAAGUGUCGAAACAGCGUGCACCAAUAAGAUUAUUUUGUCAUUGCAAAUACAGAUUCACCAAAUAA